AUGUCGAGUUUGGAGUGGAUAUCAUCACCCGAGCCGAUCAAUGAAGAGAAGGACCAGCAGACCGUUAGCCCGCCAAACUGCGACGACUUCGUUGGCGUUGUCAUUCCCCGGCAGACUCUGAAUACGUCUGCCUUUGAAGGCUUCGAACCCCCCUUACCGAAGUCCACAGAGAGAGACGCGAUUGACACGUUACUUCGCGAUUUCUCUAGCUACGAAAUUUAUGACGGAUCUGAAUUUCUUAGCGUCCAGUUGGAUGACUUCAGCAUUUAUAAAGAUAGAGCCACAAAUGAAAGAAAUUAUGGCUUGAUUGCACUUAAUGAUGUUGCGAAGGUUGCUGGAAGCCCGGUAUUUUUCUUUGACGGGAUUGUGAGGCCCGAAGUUGUGGAUGACCCUGUUUUUUAUCUAGAACGCAUCUCUUUUAUGACUGUGUCCAUUGGCGGUUAUGAGGAUUUGGAACGCCACGGCGUUGGGAAUGACGUGUGGAUUCAGUCUACCUACUGUAAUACUAGAGGUCAAAUAUGGUAUCGCCUUGGAAAGCCUGCUCGAGAAUAUGCGCCAUAUCACCACACUUUCCUGUGGGUGGCCAACCUCGCGAAGCACUUCGUCGAUUAUCUCAAAGAAAACCGCAACGUCGCACUAUCCGCUUUCAAGUCCCACUUUCGCGAAUGGCUAUGGGAGCAUCAUCACCUUGAUUCGACGUUUCGAGGAUGGCUUGAGGAAUUUGGGGGAUCGGAUUUCCGUCAGGCAAUUGUAGCGCAUGCCCCCUUUCUGCGUGGACAAGCGCUGGGCCUGGAUUCUGAAUAUGAAGAACACUUCCUCUGGGAUGAGAUAGGGCUCUCAUCAACUCCAGCUGUGCCUAAGCAGCCAUCACGCGCCAAAUAUACAGUUGUGACACCGUAUAUUUAUAAGUGCUUCAAGGAUAUGCCCUGGGGGCAAUACUUGCAAAUUGUUAACCUAGACUCUACAAUGGCUGCCAGACAUCAACAACUUGUCCACCGGAUGGGAUUCGUGCCAAGAAAGAGGCGAGUAGUGACUGGUUCCAAGGCACCAAUCGAGCCGGGCGAUGUGGUGGCAAUCAAUAGAGACAAUCAAACAUCAUGGAAGGGUGAUGAUGACCUCUGGUAUGCCCUUGUUCAACGAGUUUCCGGGGCUGGACAUUAUCUUAGUCUGAUUUGGUUGUAUAAGGCUACGGAUACCUUAUGCGCGGACCUCACAUACCCACACUGCAAUGAACUCUUUUUGUCAGAUCAUUGCAACUGCGGGGAUAGUAAGAUCAAAGUUACAGAGGUUGUGAAGAAAGUAUCUGUGACCUUCUUCUCUGACAGGGCCAUAGAUACUGACUUUUUCGUCAGGCAGACUUACCACUCCGGAGAUGAAACUUUCAGAACUCUCCAUAAAGGAGAUUUUGAAUGUCAGUGCAGCAAAUCGCAAGACAGGAAAUAUAACGUCGGCGACACGGUGUUGGUUGAAACUUCAGACGUACUUGAGCCUGUCGAAAUUGUUGAGGUCAGCGGUGAUGAAGUUAAAGUCCGCGUGCUCCUCCGUCGCUCCCGUGAUUUCAAUGAUGACAGCUGCCGCCCAAACGAGCUAGUAUAUACAGGGCAUUUUCGGCACAUUCAUCUUGAAGAAAUCAGGAGACGUUGCCACAUCCGGUUCUUUUCGGAGGAACAGAGGGACAAAGGUGGUAUCCCAGCACCAUAUAAUCGAGAUGGAAAUGGAAGUGCAUUUUACAUCACAUGUGAAGAGAGUGCUCAAGGGCUACGCCCAAUGACUCGACCGGCGAGUUUCUGCGAUGGUUUUGAUCCUCUUGAGGCCAAAAGAAAGCUACGCGCUCUCAAUUUGUUCUGUGGCGGUGGCACCUUUGACAGAGGAUUAGAAGAAGGCACCGCGAUCAGAAGUGAAUGGGCGGUGGAAUGGGAUCUACCUCCCAUGUUGACCUAUCGCGCAAAUCAUACAAAUCCUGAAGACGUGAAGCUCUUUCGUGGAUCAGUAGAUGAUUUUCUGGCAGUGGCAAUUAGAGGACAGGGGUCCGACCUUGUUGCAAAACUUGGGCAAGUCGAGUUCAUUUCCGCGGGAAGUCCAUGUCAGGGAUACUCUCUGGCGAAUUCUAGGAAAGGCAAUAAGGUAUCGUUACGCAAUUCAUCAAUGAUUGCUUCUGUCGCUGCAUAUGUUGAUUUCUAUCGACCACAAUAUGCGAUUCUCGAGAACGUACCUGCCAUGGCGAGCAAGACACAUGAAAGAAACCCCCUUUCGCAGUUGAUAUGUGCGUUUGUUGGCUUGGGUUAUCAGCUUCGGCUCAUGCACCUGGAUGCAUGGAGCUAUGGAGCUCCCCAGAGCAGAUCCCGUUUAUUUUUACUUAUUGCUGCACCGGGUCUUCAACUGCCUGAGCAUCCUGCAUUGACCCAUUCCCAUCCCAUGGGAACAACAAUUCGAUCUCUUGGAGAAGCUCCAAACGGGUUGCCUUUUGGUGAAAGGCGCUGGGAGGUCCCCAUUUUCAAAUUCGUAUCUGCGUACGAAGGAACUAAAGACUUGCCGGACCUUGACAGAGCGAAGGUAGCGUCAAUUCCCUGGCCAGACCACCGAACAUCUCGAAACGAGUCGAACAUGACGCAGGUAAUAAUUGACCAGGUCCCUAAGCACCCUAGGAAAUCAGGGUUCUCCGAGGCUAUGACCAAGGGCUUUUUGAAUUUUGAUCCAUUUCCCGGUGACAUAAAGCGAAGAAAUCCACCCUCGAGGGCUUGGAGUAGGGUGGAUCCGAAUUUCUUGAUACCGACAAUUACUACUGCGAUUUCUCCUCACUGCAAAUUUACUGGUCGGUGGCUCCACUGGCGCGAAGACCGCCUCUUAACGAUUAUGGAAGCGCGAAGGGCUCAGGGCUAUCCCGAUUCAGAAGUUCUGGUCGGGCGAGCCGCGCAUCAGUGGAAGAUUGUCGGGAAUAGUGUUGCGCGUCAAGUAGCUCUGGCUUUAGGUUUAUCGAUCCGUGAAGCGACUCUUUGCAAUCCACCGCUCCCACCUUACGGAGAAACAGAGGAGAUCAUCGAAACUUGCUUGAAUAAGAAGAAACGAAAGCGGCGCGUCUCUGAGAUCGUUGUAAACACUUCCACAGCCACUGUGGUGACAACGACUACGACAACUCGGUAUCGGCUAGAGCAAGAUUUAUCGAUUGAAGAUACUAGCACUGGCAUUUCGACAUUAAGUCUUGGAGAACGGACGGGAACACCGUUCAAUGACAUCUCAAAUCCUCUACAAGUGAGUUUGUCGCCACUCUCCAAGCCGUGGAAUCCUAUUUUGAAGAAAGUAAAAUCGGUGCAAGAUGAGGGCUCUUCUAGCGAAGAUCCCAUACUCAUUGAUUGA